AUGCUCAUUGUGCCAACGAGCAUGCUGGACGAGCUGAAAUCGUUUCCAGUGAAAGCAAUAAGCUUCCGACAAGAAAUGUACGAUCGAUACUUGGGCAAGUACACCGCCGUGGCUUCCAACAGUGAUGGUAUGGUCGACUCGGUCAAGAACAAUUUGACAAAAGGCUUGAGUCAGAUUCUGCCUCAUUUGAAAGAAGAAGCAGAAUACGCUGUGCGAGACUCUUUGGGUAAUACAGCAAGUUGGAAAAGAGUCAAUAUUUAUGGGGCUUCGACGAAGAUGAUUGCUCUGAUGUCAGGGAGGGUUUUUGUUGGACUACCGUUAUCCAGGAACGAAGAUUGGGUGCGAAAUUCAAUCGGCAUUACUAUGAGUGCAUUUUCCGGUGCCACCCAACUCUAUAGAUAUCCAUCAUUCCUCUGGCCAAUAGUUCGUCAUUUUAUACCUCAGACUGUUGCCGUCAAAAAGCAUCGAAGGGAGACGGAAGAAAUGCUGGAGCCGUUACUCAAUAAUAGGCUCCGUGACAUGGAGAGUCCGGAUUUUGUCAAGCCUGAGGAUAUGCUCCAGUGGUUGAUAGACAAUUCUAAUGGCCGCGGUAACGAUGUGCCGUUCCAGGCGAAUGAGCAUUUAGUCGUCAAUAUAGCUGCCAUCCAUACAACUGGAGGCCAGGUUGCACAAACUCUCUUCGACCUCGCCCGUUUCCCACAAUAUAUCACACCUCUGCGAGAAGAAAUAGCCAAAGUCUUCACUCAACAUGACGCUGCUACCAAGCAGAGUCUCAACCAGCUCAGUAAGCUCGAUAGCUUCAUUAAAGAAGGACAAAGAAUGAAUCCAUCCUUGCAAGUCACUGUGAACCGCAAGAUUCUCCAGCCUGUUACGCUUUCCAACGGCGUCACUCUUCCUAAAGGAACAUCGGUCGCUGCUUCAGCAGCUUGCGUGAACAAAGAUCCCGCCAUAUUUGAAAACCCAGAGGAAUUUGACGGGUUUCGAUAUCACAAUUUGAGACAGAAAGAAGGAAAUGAGGCGAAAUAUCAGUUUGCGACUAUCGGCAUUGAUGCUUUGAGUUUCGGACAUGGUAGGCAUGCAUGCCCAGGAAGGUUCUUUGCCUCUGCUGAGAUCAAAGUCUUGCUGUGCUAUCUUAUCAUGAACUAUGAUAUCAGGGAGCCUGAAGGCAGCAAAGGGCCACUGUAUGUGCUUGCCGAGACUAUUGCAACACCAAAUCCUACUCUAGAUCUUGAGUUUAAACGCAGAGAUUCUGCGAUAGCCCCUAAAUAG